UUCAUUCUACAUCGAACCAAAUUGGAGGAUAACCCUGUAAAUCCACUGAUAACCAAAGAUCGUACCAACGAAUAGAUUCUCCAAACCCAGAAAAACAAAAAUUAAUCCACCGUUACAAAAACCAAAACAUCAAUCAACCCCAUUGUCCUAUACAAAACUCAACUACGAAUUUACCAAUUAUUUAACGUAAAAAGAAAAAAAAAAUUAAACAAAAUUACCUAAUGCAAAACAAUGCCAUAACAACUUUCUACAACCCUUACAAAAUGAAAAAUGCAGCUAACCAUGCACAGGGCCAGGUGUUGCCAUCAACGGACUCGGCUGAUUAAUUGGCCCCGCCGCCAUUGUUGCUGCCGGCGGAGGAGGUGGGCUUGGGCUUGGGUUAGAGUGGAAAUGAUAGGAUCAGGGCAUGAAUUGGGGUUAGGUGGGCUUGGCGGGAAAAACCCAGCGUUGGGGAAGGCCACCGGAGGAGGAGAAGAUGAAGAAGAGUGGCAAAAGCCGCCAAAGCAUUUGUGGGUCUUCUGGAGGCUGUGGCGGAGAAACCCAAAGUCCCAGACCGAGGCCAACAACCACCACAAUGAAGACGAAGAUCUUUGUAGCUUUACCCACAUAACACAUUUCUUCUUCUUUUCAAAGAUUUGAGCUUGGAAACUCUGAAUCCGAGAUGGGUAUUGAGGAGGUUGGAUUCUUUUUCGUCUUUUUUUUCAUGGCGUUGCGGGGUGUAGAAGACGAAUGAGAGAGUGAUAGUGCAGUGCAUUAGAGGUAGUUGGUCUGUCAUUGCCAUAUGUUCUUGAUACUUGAAUCAAUUAACUCCAAAGACCAAACAACCAAACAACUUAUCUUCAUUCUGAAAGGGUUCUCUCCAUUUCCCUCCACCUGUAUCUAUACAUAUAUGAUUCCUUACUCAAACUGAAAUUAAACCCAUCAAAUCAUUUCUCUGUGAUUAACUUUCUUGGUUCUUUAUCCAAUCGUGCCUUUCCAUUUUGGUUUGCUAUUUCAGCCACGCUCAUCCAAUUAGCCAUGGCGGCGAAUUACAUGGUUGGAGGCCCAAACGGUUGGUGGGAUACAACCACCGGCCUGCAAACAUGGGCGUCAUCUCAAUCAUUUUCAGUUGGAGAUAACCUAAUGAUUUUCGACUAUGACUCCUGCCAGGCGAGUCACAACCGCCCCAGUCUCUUCUCCAGGCAAGAGAUACUUCAUCUCUUUCUCUCCCAGCAAUCGCCCAACUCUCCCGAAGAUAACGAUGGCAUCUUUUCUGUGAUUUUGGAGGAAGAUAACGAUGGCAUCUUCAUCCAUAGAUCUGGAUCUUGCCUGAGCUGCGGCAAAUAGCGAUGGCGUUUUUGCCCCGGAGAGUGCAAAUAACCAUGGCAGUGCUGAUUUCGUCUAAGUUUUUUCUCUGCCUGUUCGUCCAACGGGUGUUUACGAUUUCGUCUUGUUUUCGUCUGCCCGUCCGUCUGAUUUUGGUCCAGAAGGUGUUUGCGAUUUCGUCUAAUUUUGUUCGAGUUGCCGUCUUCUCUGAUUUGGUCUGAUUUUGGUUGAGUUGCGUCUUCUCUGCGAUUGGUCCAGUGGGUGUUUGCGCUUUGUGAUUCUCGUUUCUCUGUGCUGUUUGGUUGCUGAGAAACGACUUGGAAAGAAAGGGAAAGUAGAAAAAAAAAAAAUUUCAAGAAGUGGAAGAAAAAUGUUGGUCUUUCUGUAUGAUUUUCGUUGAAUAA